AAAUACGUUUCGAGAAACAUUGCUCUUAUAGCCAUGCUUGUCAAUUAAUGUAAUUUGAUGGUAGAAUUCCAGUAAUUUAUACCACCAUGUGAUUCAGGUACUGUGAGGAAGGAGGUACUGUUUACCGUUUACCAAGAUUUCUUUUUGACUGGUAGCGGGGCUCUCUCUGGCAGGCGCAAAGUGCUAACUUUGCUAUUUGUGGUUCUUUCGAUUUCUUGAAACCGCCCCACCCUCCACAUACAGGACUCCGCUCACUAACGGGACUAACGGGACAGACUGUUCUCCAGCCGACUGCCAACUUGGAGGAUCCACGCAGACAUCCUCACGGCGCUCGCAUCUUUACAAUCACUUGUAUUCGACCUCGGCUGAUGGAGAUGCCAGUUAAAGCGUUGAGCAUAACUUGCUAGCUCGGUAGCUAUGUGUCUGUUAGUCUAGUGCGAAUUCCUGUCGCAACCCCAGCCAUGGCGGUAGGCUACAGCUGCUUAUGGUAGAUUUUGGGUGUAUUUUUUGGCCAGUAACGUUACGGCACACAUUAAAUGUAGGGUUAAACAGAUCCGAAAGGAAGGAAAGUGUCGUAUAAAACACGCCCCUACACGUCUCUUAUGGUGGAAGCAUUUUUGCCUGUGACUGCUAGUGAGGUAGUUGACGCUAGUGCCUGCAUGUCACGCAACUUUGGCACUGUUUCGAUUGGCUCCGCGUGCGCUUUUUGUAAAAAGUGUGUUCAAGGAAACCCUUUUUCGCUUUUUAUUUAACCAGACCUUUAAGGGUAUAUAAUUACAGUUUGGGUAGGGCAGCCUUUGGUUCUGAACUUUUGAUUUUAUUUCGGAAGACACUGAACACGAAUUUGAGUACAAAAUAGUGUAGCGGUUUCAGGCAUAAAAACGUUACAAUGCCAUCCGGAGAUGAUGGGCCAGACAGGGGUAGGGGCACGGAGGCUGCGGCUUCGGCCCUAAACGGGGAAGGCGCACCGAACCUGGAGGAGACACAGGCUCCCAGCGCCCCAGGAGUGGGCGCAGUAUCGGUCUUAUGGUCGUUCGGGAAGUGUCUCGGAGCACUGCUGCCGGUUUACCUUGCGGGCUACUUCGGUUUCAGCAUCAGCCUGGUGAUCUUCGGUCUAAUUAUUUACAUGGGAUGGAAACAAAGUCGAAAUGGGAAGACGGCAAGACUGCAGUCCGCCAUGUACCUACUGGAGAACGAGCAAGACUUCACCACUACGAAGAUAUUCAGAAGUAAACGAGAUUUACCGUCCUGGGUUAAUUUCCCAGAUGUGGAGAAGGUUGAGUGGCUGAACAAGAUUCUGCAGCAGGCCUGGCCAUUUGUGGGCCAAUAUUUGGAGAAGCUGCUGGUGGAGUCCAUCGCCCCCUCCAUCCGCGCCUCCAGCACCCACUUGCAGACUCUCAGCUUCACCAAGGUCAACCUCGGGGACAAGGCUAUGAAGGUAGUGGGAGUAAAGGCCUAUACAGAGCAUGACAAAAGACAGGUCUUACUGGACCUGUACAUUAGCUAUGCGGGUGAUGUGGAAAUCAACGUGGAGGUGAAAAAGUACUUCUGCAAAGCCGGGGUGAAGGGCAUUCAGCUGCACGGGAAGUUGAGGGUGAUCUUGGAGCCGCUGAUUGGAGACGUUCCCCUAGUGGGCGCUAUCACCAUGUUCUUCAUUCGCAGACCAAAACUGGACAUCAACUGGACAGGACUGACCAACCUGCUAGACAUUCCUGGACUUAACACAAUGUCGGACACAAUGAUAAUGGACGCUAUCGCGUCCUUCCUGGUGCUGCCCAACCGCCUGACUGUCCCCCUGGUGGCCGACCUCCACGUUGCGCAGCUGCGCUCCCCCCUCCCAAGGGGCAUUGUGCGUAUCCACCUCCUAGAGGCAGAGGAUCUUGCCCCAAAGGAUAACUACAUUAAGGGGGUACUGGCAGGAAAGUCUGACCCUUAUGCUGUGCUGCGGGUGGGCACCCAGACCUUCACCUCACACCACGUCGACAACAACCUCAACCCACAGUGGAGGGAGAUGUACGAGGUGAUAGUCCAUGAAGUGCCUGGACAGGAGCUGGAGGUGGAAGUGUUUGACAAAGACCCCGACCAGGAUGACUUCCUGGGGAGGUUCAAGAUGGACCUGGGUUUAGUAAAGAAGGCACGGGUCUUGGAUGAGUGGUUCAACCUAACAGAUGCUCCCUCCGGUCGCGUUCACCUCAGGUUGGAAUGGCUUUCUUUGAUGCCCAGUGCUGACCAGCUUGACCAGGUUCUUCAGAGAAAUAAGAAUAUUGCCAUUGCCAGUAAGACGGCAGAUCCUCCCUCAGCAGCCAUAUUGGCAGUUUAUCUUGACCGUGCUCAAGAGCUACCACUGAAGAAGGGCAACAAGGACCCCAGCCCCAUGGUGCAGCUGUCAGUGCAGGACACCACGAAAGAGAGCAGGACCUGCUAUGGGACCAAUAACCCCCAAUGGGAGGAUGCCUUUACCUUUUUCAUCCAGGAUCCUCGCAAUCAGGACAUUGACAUUCAGGUGAAGGAUGACGACCGGGCCCUGUCUCUUGGCAGCCUGUCCAUCCCUCUGUCUCGUCUCCUGGUCAGUCCUGACCUCACCAUGGACCAAUGGUUCCAGUUGGACAACUCUGGGCCGGCCAGCCGCAUCUACAUCAACAUCGUGCUGAGGGUGUUGUGGUUGGACAAGACAGCCCCUCCCACCAGCCCAGUCUCUCCCACCCCCUCAGUCUCUGUACCAGGGGGAAGCGAGGGGGGGGCGACGGUAGAUGUGACUGCUGGUGGAGUCAGUGUGACCCCCAGUCCCUCUCACAAACGACCCCAGCAGACAUCCCCUGAUCCCAGUUUUGCUUCUGAGGGGGUGUUGCGGAUUCACCUGGUGGAGGCACAGAAUCUAAUCGCCAAGGACAACUUCAUGGGGGGCAUGGUGAAGGGGAAGAGUGACCCCUAUGUCAAGACACGGGUCGGGGGUUUCACCUUCCGCAGUCAUGUGAUCAAGGAGAACCUCAACCCCACCUGGAACGAACUGUAUGAGGUGAUUCUGACCCAGCUGCCUGGACAGGAGAUCCAGUUUGAGCUGUAUGAUAAGGACUUGGAUCAGGAUGACUUCCUGGGGAGGUUCAAGAUUAGUCUGAGAGACAUCAUCAGCGCCCAGUACACUGAUCAGUGGUACACUCUAAACGAUGUGAAGUCUGGCCGUGUUCACCUAAUGCUAGAGUGGCUGCCCCGAGUGUCAGACCCCGCCAGACUGGACCAGGUCCUGCAGUUCCAGUCCCAGCAGUCCUAUCAGAACAAGGUGGUGCCCUCCGCUGCAGUGCUGUUCAUCUACGUGGAGCGGGCGCAUGGCCUACCUCUGAAAAAGAGUGGGAAGGAACCCAAAGCGGGGGUGGAGCUUUCCCUCAGAGGCACCUCUUACAGAACCAAGGUUUGCGAUCGCUCCACUUCUCCUCAGUGGGAUGAGUCCUUUCACUUCCUGGUUUGUGACCCUAAGCAAGAUACGCUCAUUGUGAAGCUCUCUCACAGCUGGGGCAUGGCCCUGGGCUCUGUGGUGCUGCUGCUCAGGGAGCUGCUUGUGGAGCCGGGCCUGGUGCUGGAUCGCUGGCUGACGCUGGAUGGAGCCCUGCCAGAGAGCCAGAUCCUGCUGAGAGCAACACUCAUGAUUUUGGACUCAAAGUUGGCUGCGUGUGGCAAGGAUCCAGGAGAGACUGCCAGAGCCCUGGCCCCUGCCAUGUCUGCUCCAGAUGUCGAGGAGGUAGAGGCCAUCAUCCCCAGCAAAGAGGCAGCCACUUCAGCCAACCAGGAGCUCAGACACAGGGCAGUGCCUCCCCAUGGAGGUGGGGAUCAGGGGCGCAGUGAUCAGGGCCAGGUGAAACUGUCUCUCUCCUACUCCACUGAGGAGAACAGGCUGGUGGUCCUCGUUCACGCCUGCAGGCAUCUGAUAGCCUGUACCAAGGAUGGCUCGGACCCCUAUGUCUCCUUCAUUCUGCUACCCGACAAGAACAGGACUACCAAGAGGAAGACAAGCGUCAAGAAGAGAGAACUAAACCCUGAGUUCAAUGAGAGGUUUGAUUUCGACCUCUCCCUGGAGGAGGCAAGGCACAGACGGCUUGAUUUGUCCGUCAAGAACAGUGUGUCCUUCAUGAGCCGUGAGAGGGAGCUCAUUGGGAAGGUACAAAUAGACCUGGCCCAGCUUGAUCUCAGCUCUGGGGUUACACAGUGGUACGAUUUGACAGAGGAGGCCAGCUAAUUGAUCUGCUCAUAAAGAUUACGUCACAACACUGCACACAACGAGGCCUUUGUAACUACCAUUCCCCAGCUCCUCUCUCUAUGUUUCCUUUUAAAUUGUACAUUUUUUGCUUUUGCAUUUUUGUCAUUUUCUUGUCAAAAUGUAUAGGGUGGACAGGACCACGGAUGAUGAAGAGGAGGCAAAUACAGUUUACGCAAGUAUAACUUGAGCUCAGUUAUUCAUGAAUAGGCUCAUCAGUCUCAUAUGUUGAAGGUAAAACUGCCAUGUGCAUUUUCUAGUAUAAAAAAGAAGAGCAAUGUUAAACAUUGUACAACCAAUUUCACAACAUGUUGGCAGGACAUUUAUGGUAGGUCACUAGCCCAGUGCAUUGUGUAAUGGGUUCUUGAUCACUGUAACUGUAUUUUAUGUUACAACAAUUUAAUUGUUGUAAAUGUACUAACUAAAUUAUAACUAAUCACUGAGAACUGUAUUCUUUAAAGGGCUUUGUAGGCUGAUUAAUGAAAUAUUGUGAGUUUAGAGAUAUCAUGUACCUUGAAUAUCUGUGUAUGAUGUUUGGUAUUAACUUCAUUAUUUCUGGAAAUAGUCAACAAUUAGGCCAAAUAUUACACCAGGGUCUUUAGUUGGACAUAUCAAGCAUACAUAAAGUAACUGUGCCUUUUUACAAGGUAGAUUUAGAGAAUAUGUCAUCCUACCAAACAUUUUCCUUGGGUUUUAGUUUUCUCAUAGAUCUAGCCCUAAUUGCCAUUUUCUACUGAAACAGUGUAGCCUUGGAAAUGACCACCUCAGACCACUACAAGCCAAUAGCUUGAAAUGGCUUUCAUCUUUGUGGGGACCAAAGUCCUGUAUACACCAGUUUUGGGCAGCUCUGAAUGCUAGUUUGGAAAUGAUGGUGGCUCACAAGUGUCAAAAAUAUGAAGACCGCUGUCUGGGCAAUGGCAGUAUAUUCAAACCAAAGUUAUCCCUCUCUUUGAAGUGACACUAAUUAGGUUUUAUGUACUAGGUAACGAAUUAGGUUUUUUAAAAUCCUUUUAAAUAUGGAGAUUGAUGUGGUCAUUUAAAUAUUAUUUAAUGCCUUUGUUUCCUGUGUUGAUCAUUCCUUUUUUACCUUACAUUUGCUAUGUUUUUAAUUUUGCCUUAGGUAUGGCCUUAAGUAUUGUUAUGUGCACAGCUGAUUUCUGGUAUUAAUGAAGAUUAACAAGGCUGCUGAGGAACUGCUGGUUAGGGUACAGUUUGCAUUGUGCUCCCACUGAAGGAAGCUGUCCUGUGUAUUACAAUCAAAUUGAUUUUGAAUAUUGCUUUUAAAGCUAUGUAAUGAGUAUUGUUUUUCUGUCCUUUCAAAACCAGCAGUCACGAAUAAUGCUUGACAAAACUGCAUAAGAUAUAUAUAAUUUUUAUUUCAAUCCUUGUGCUUUUAUUUGCUACCAAUUCACUGUGAGUGGCGAUAGAUGCAUAUAUACCCAUGUUUUGAAUCUUAAGGCAUCACUUGCACUUACCAACUGUAGAAGCUUGAAAUCUGAAAGUGCGCUUGAAACAUGUUAAACUGCUGAAACUGUGUGCUUUGGAAGAGAAAAUAUUAAGUAGUCAAGUCUAGACUCCCAUCUAUGUAUAUGUAUAUAUCUGUGUGUGUGUGUGUGUGUGU